CCGGGAUCGUCGGGGUGGCCUUGAAUGUCCGUCAUUUAAAUUGUUUAACAUGGGUCACUGUGCCGCAGGGCUGCGAGGGGGUGGUUCCUCAAAUAGAGACCACUCUCCAGCCCCUUCUUGAUGAGAAACUGCUGAGCCCUACAAACACCAUUAUUCUUACCAGUAUCUGUUAACUGGUUCUUUUCUAUUUUGCAGUGGCCAUGCAGUUGCUGUAUAACCUCUUGGCGUUGGCAGCCUGUGCCUCCGCUGCCGCCGUACCUCCCAAGACUCCAACUGUCGACUUGGGAUACGCCAAAUACCGCGGUGUACGACUUCCUUCGGGAGUCGAUCAGUUUUUAGGCAUGCGAUUCGCCAAGCCACCUGUUGGCAAUUUGCGAUUCCGAGCUCCGCAAGAUCCAGAUGUCGUAGAGGGUAUUCAAGACGCCUCUCAGUUUGGAAGUAUCUGCGUCGGUGGCGAUGAGAAUGUCGAUGGCCUACGAGCGGAAGACUGCCUAUAUGUCAAUGUAUUCAGGCCAUCCAACGCAACAUCUUGCUCCAAGCUUCCUGUCUGGUUGUACAUUCAGGGCGGUGGAUACAAGGUCAAUGCCGACUACAAUCAUAACGGCAGCACUGUCGUUCAGGAAUCAGGCCAGAAUAUGAUUUUUGUCAACUUCAACUAUCGUGUUGGCGCUUUGGGCUUUCUCAACAGCGAGAAAGUCCGCGAAGAUGGCAGCCUGAAUGCUGGUUUGCUCGACCAGCGCAAGGUGCUCCAUUGGGUCAAAAAGAAUAUUGCCAAGUUUGGCGGUGACCCCAACCACGUCGUUAUUCACGGCGACUCAGCUGGUGGUGGUUCAGUAUCAUUCCAUCUUACAGCAUACGGAGCAGAGAAGGACAACGACCUAUUCGUUGGCGCUGCACCACAGAAUCCGUUCUGGCCGACUCUUCGAGCCGUAUCCGAGAUGGAAUUCCAGUACGAGCGUCUCCUCAACCAAACGAAAUGCACCGACCUUGCCUGCCUUCGUCGACUCGAUAUCAAUACUUUCCAGCAGUCCACGCGGACACAGGCUCUUCUCGGUGCAGCCAGCAAUGAUCCCCUUCCGCUGUGGUACUGGCUCCCCGUUGUAGAUGACGACCUUGUAGUCGGCCAGUUUUACGACAUGUUUGAUCAGGGUCGCUUCAUCCGCGUUCCUUUACUGGUUGGCGAUGACACCAACGAGGGCUCAUACUUCGCCGUCAAUGCUAAUACCGAGGAUGAAGUCUCUGUGUUCCUCAAGAACAACUACCCGCACCUGACCAACGAACAGCUGCAGGAAAUUCGCGACUUUUACCCCCAGAUGGCCCCGGAACCGAAGCACAACGCCUGGUUCCCGACUGCCUCGGCCGCGUACGGCGACUGCACAUUCACUUGCCCGGGUAAUUACCUGGCGACAUCCAUGGCGCGCUAUUUGGACCCCUCGCGCGUAUGGAACUAUCGAUUCAACGUCCAAGACCCGGACAACUUGGCCAACGGUCUCGGCGUUCCCCAUGCCUUUGAAAUGACGGCAGUCCUGGGCGUGGGCAACGUUGGUUUUAGCGCGCCUUCGUACAGCGGCAUUAACGCGAACAUUGUUCCCGUUACAAUGGACUACUACAUUAGCUUUAUCCGGACGUUGAACCCCAACACCUACCGCCACGCCGGCUCGCCCACCUGGGACGCCUUUGGCGACGGAACCGGCCAGAGACUGAAGCUGCAGACAAACGAGACGGCAAUGGAAAUUGUGCCGGAAUCGCAGGUCCGACAAUGCGCGUUGUGGAGAAGCCUGGCUCCCGAGCUCGAACAAUAGACGCGUCACAACGCGGGCAGCGCGCGACCAAAAUGCGAAUAGGGGAUCACUUGGUUGUGACUGGAUAUAUUUGUAGUAUUGCUGCGAUGUUAUUUUCUUCUUCGCUUGCACAUGAUUGAAUUAUAUACAACAAUAAAUGAUGAUAUUAAAUGGCUUUUCUUGGCGUAUCCUGCUCAAUCGAUAUAUUGUGGCGCGGAAGACUAGGUACGCUCAGCCAGUGCGGCAGCUUCAUCAAACAUUGAACCGUCAUUGAGAUCCAGUAUAUCAUUGAGUUCGAUAUUUAUAACUUCAAGGAUAUCACCUGUGGAAUAUCUGGGGAAUUUUAGUUGUCUACGUGUGGCAAUGGCUUCUGUGGGACAGGCAGCAUCAGCAUGAAAAUAUAAGAGUGCCCUAUGUAUAAUGAUGAAGGGCAGCAUCAGUCAACGCUUUCACUGCAAACCUACGAACCGUAAGUUUAUUAUUGCCGAUACAGCUAAAUAAACAUUCAAUUCAAAUUAUG